AUGGGAUCAGCGCUAAGUGUGCCAAACGCCGCGGCCGGCGAGGCCAACGCCCCAAACGAUAACGCAGCAGGAAACGAAAAUGCUAGGACCCCAUUUUUUCAGAAGCUUAUCUCCAUCAUUGUGCAAAUGCUAAUCAUGCACAUGGUGAUGUAUUUCAUAACGGGAGGGAAAAACAAAACGGGAACAAAAAAUGGAAGUAAAAUACAAGGCCAAAAUUUAACACUAAGCAAUAGUCUAGAACAUGGAGAUAUAUUUGACCUCUACCUAUUUCUGAGUGACAACCAUUCAGUCGAUUAUGAAUACAUAAAAAAGAAAAGUAAAAUGAUACAAGUGAGGGAGAAGGAAUUAUACACAUAUAAACAGUUUAGUAGUUAUGACAAAAAUAACUUUAGCUUUUACUUAAAUGAUUCAUGGAAAGGAGAAAAGUACCUCAGCGUCAUUAUGAUCCCACUGCACUUUUAUAAAAAUCGCAACGGGUCCGAUUUACUCAAUAGCACAAUAAAGGACGAAUUCAGGAAAAAGCUUUUAAUUGAGAAUAUCCCGCUGACAGUGAAAAUGAAGCCUUUUGAAUCGGAGGAAGAUACAAAAUAUAAUUUGAUGGAUGGAAGUUAUGAAAAUAAAAAAAAAAGAUUAAAAGAGAAAGAAGAGAAGAAAGGAGAAAAAAUACAAAAAGAAGAAUUCUAUCAUAUAAAAAAAAGAAUAGAUAUUAACAUUAUUUAUGAUCAAGCAAAACAUCGAAUUAGCGAAUUUAAUAUGCCUCAUUUGAAGACAUGGAAAAUUAAUAUACACAACAGUACUUACACCCCUCCAAUAUUUUUGUCUGACUUUUGGUUGAUAGAAAAUGAUUACUAUGUAUUAGAUAAAACCUUUUUAAAAGAUAAAGACAAAAGGACCAGUUACAUAUCGGUGUACGAUCCGUAUAGAAUAACAAAGACGCAGAAAGAUAUUCAUUCCUACGUCAUAGAGAAAAAUGCUGAUGAAAAUAAGUUAGUAAAAAUUGAAAUAAAUUACGGCACCUGUAGUUUUAUGUAUUAUAUGUUCAUAAAACAAAUGGACACAUCAAUACAAAUGAUGGACAAAGAUAACCAAACAUUUUCCUUCCAAAAUUUGACAAACGCAACAGCUACAAAAGAAAUUAAUAUGAUGAAAAAAAUUAUAAUGACUACAAAUAUUUACAUGUUGAUUUUCUCUGCUGUUUUUAUUUUGCUCCAUUCUAUAUUCUCAUUCUUCGCCUUCAAAAAUGAUAUGCAAUUUUGGUACCAAAAUGAGUCUAUGGAAGGACUAUCAGCUCUUAGCGUUAUAACGACAUUCGUGUGCGACAUCAUAUUAGCCUUAUAUUUAUAUGACUCUGAGAAUACGUCCUGGUUACUACUCUUCGAGAUGUUUGUUGGAGUGGCACUCUCUGCGUGGAAAGUUACCAAAGCCGUACAUGUAUCCUUCAGUAAAUCCUAUCCCUACAUCAUAAUGAAAGACAAAAAGAAUUAUACAGAAUCGAUGACCAAGAAGUAUGACAAAAUUGCGAUCAAGUAUGUUGGAAUUGUUCUUAUCCCCUGCUUCAUAGGAUAUGCUAUUUAUUCUCUCUUCUAUUAUAAGUACAAAUCUUGGUACUCCUAUAUAAUAUCUGUCCUUGCUGGAACGGUUUACACCUUUGGCUUUAUUAUGAUGACCCCACAACUGUAUAUAAAUUAUAAAUUAAAAUCUGUUGAACACUUGCCAUGGAAGGCUCUCAUUUACAAGUCCCUAAAUACCUUCAUCGAUGACAUUGCCUUCUUCCUAAUUGACAUGCCCUGGAUGCACAAGCUUUCUUGCUUUAGAGACGACGUUAUAUUUUUGUGCUAUAUAUAUCAGAGGUGCAUCUAUAAGGUCGACAAGAACAGAAACGAGCAGCUGGCCCAAGGGCAGCACCAAGUCGUUACGCAGUCCCCGCCGGGCGAUAAGAAGAAUGACUGA